UUCUUUUCCUUACUUUAUUUUACUAUAAUUCUCCUUCUUUUCUUUUCCUUUCUUUUAAUUCUCCUUCUUUUAUUCCCACCCCAUCAUUCAUUUCCCUCAUCUCCUCGACCCCCCCACCGCAGCAAAAAGUUGCGAGGCCAGGUUUCGAUCCUGGGACCUACGGGUUAUGAGCCCGUCGGAGUUCCACUCUCCUACCUCGCACAGACCGUCACCAGCAGGACUUGAACCUGCGCGGGCAUAGCCCAUUAGAUGCCUGAACGAGUUCAAGUCUAACUCCUUAACCGCUCGGACAUGGUGACUUUCUUGAAAAUUCCUGAAAACAGCCAUUGUUGACGGGAUGAAAGACGACUUGAUGACCGUAAGCAGCACGAAGGGCACACGGGAUCAUAGCGCAGUGUAGUCUUCACAGUGUAGUGAAUGAGCGUUUGUCUUGCGAAUCGAGUUUAUUGUGCUUUCCCUAGUACCAUGCAUGCUUGUUCCACACACACCACACUCCCCCUUCUGUCCUCCCUUGCACACGCUGCCGCGCGCUAUCGUAAAAUAACGCACUGCAGCGCACGCCAGCGCAACAAACUUUUCCUGCUGGACACACACCUCGACUCUCCCUUUCCCUCCUCCUCGCUCCAACAUGGAAUCCCUCCAAAGACUUCUCCAAGGCGCUCGCAUGGGCGGCGGAAUGACCGGCGACCAGCCGGUCGUCGACAAUUCGGAAUGUGUGUACAUUUCCUCGUUGGCUCUGUUGAAAAUGCUGCGUCACGGUCGACACGGAACUCCCAUGGAAGUUAUGGGCCUGAUGCUCGGCGAGUUUGUUGAUGACUACACGGUCCGUGUCGUGGACGUGUUCGCAAUGCCGCAGUCCGGUACCGGUGUCAGUGUCGAGGCUGUGGAUCCCGUUUUCCAAAAAAAUAUGAUGGACAUGCUGAAACAGACAGGCCGUCCGGAGAUGGUUGUGGGCUGGUAUCAUUCACAUCCUGGUUUCGGUUGCUGGCUUUCAAGUGUGGAUAUCAACACGCAACAGUCGUUCGAGCAGCUCACUCCUCGUGCUGUCGCUGUCGUUGUCGACCCUAUUCAAUCCGUGAAGGGCAAGGUCGUGAUCGAUGCUUUCCGGUUGAUUAACCCUUCCACACUCAUGAUGGGUCAGGAACCGCGUCAAACAACGUCCAACAUCGGUCACGUCAAUAAACCAAGCAUUCAAGCCUUGAUUCACGGACUCGGCCGGCAUUACUACUCUCUUCGCAUCAACUAUCGCAAGACGGAGCUUGAGGAGACAAUGCUGCUCAACCUGCACAAGCAGCCAUGGGCUCAUGGUCUUGAGCUGGAAAACUUUGACACGUUUGCUCUCCGCAACCAAACCUCGAUGGAAAAAAUGAAGAGUUUGUCGGAACAGUACACACGUCGUGUUCAAAACGAGGUUACCCUGACUGCCGAACAGCUCCGCACACACUAUGUCGGUAAACAGGACCCCAAGAAACAUCUUGAGGCACAGGUUCAGCAAACUAUGGACGACAACAUUUCUGUUCUGCUUGCCGGAAUGCUGAACUCCGUGGUGUUUUAGAAAAGAAAACUUGAUCCUUCUUCCACGUUGGCCACUGUGCGUCUGUGUGAGUGCUCUUGCUUUUUCAGGAGCGCCAACUCCAGGGUGCCGUGUCUGAAUCCCCCUGUCGGACCUCGGCCCUUGCACACGGUUGUUCACACUGCUAUCGACGACACAGCACUACAUCCUUCCACGAUAAACGUAUGUUUAGUUUUAUGAACUGAAAUGACUCGAAGUUAGAAACUAUAUAGGAACCGGAACAAGCGCGGCAUGCCGCGCUUGUUCCGGAUA